AUUGAGAUGAGCUCGGCAGCGUACUCGGCCCAAAUACAGAAUACGCUCGUGCCCGCCCUCGCGGCGGUGCGCGAGGAGAUUGCGCGGGUAGACGGCGACAUACGCGAUUAUGAACAAGUCGCGCGCAGGCUGGAGCGGCUAGACGGCAAGCCGCACGCGGGACCCUCCGAGCUCGGCGCCGGCGUGUGGGUCGACACGGUGGUACCAUCCACCGCCGCCAUCACCCUCGACCUCGGGCUCGACGUGCAUCUCGCCCUGCCGCCAAAAGAGGCCGCGGAGUAUGCGACGCGACGCGCGGGUGUGUUGAAGAAGAAGCGGGAGGUGCUGGUCCGCCGCGAAGAGCGGUUGUUAUGGGAAGUUGAGCAGUUCGAGGGUGCGGUGCGCGAAGCGCAGGCGCGUGAGGCCCAGUCGGCUUGAUGUAUAGUAUGUAUUCUUAACUCUGCAGCCACUGGCAGUUUCAUCCCCUACUGACGAGUUCCACGCUACAUACAUGCAUAGCUGGGGUGAAAGUCACCCACUAUGGGUGGGAUGCAAGUGUCUAUGAGUAUCGACUCUCGAUG